UUUGAUGUAGCCCAAAAUUUAUUUCCGGUGAAAUGUCAAAGAAAUAUUGCUGAAUGCUUUACUAGUUUUUAUCAAUAAUAGAGACAAGUGGUUAUAGUGUGGAAAUUCUGCAGAGUAGCCAUCAACGUCAUUUUGUGGUCGGUAAAGUCGUUCUAUCAUGACGAUUGAAGUUACUGCCCUCUUGAAGCGAGGUACAGUGUUCCUGGCUGGAGAAACUCUGCACUGUGAUAUCACAUUUAAAAAUGUUGGGCCAGUACAAGAAGGCCCAGACAGUCUGUCGUGGGCAAGUGCUCAAAUCAACUGCCAGUGUUCUGUCAGUGAGAGUCGAGUUUUCCUUCCCAGGAUGCACCAGCUGUCUUCAGAAGACAUCUCAACCUCAAGUGACACAUCAUUUGUUCCCAGCAAAGGCGAGCGAGGACUGACAGUGCUGUCAACGAAGCCUAGAAUACUCUUUUGUGACUUGCGAAUAGAUCCAGGCCAGUCAAAAACCUUUACAUACAGUGAGAUAAUACCUGUCGAUGCCCCACCCUCCUUUAGGGGCCAGGCGGUGAAGUAUUCCUAUAAGCUGACCCUGGGGACACAGAGACUCAACCACCCUACCAAACUGCUCAGAAUACCGUUCAGGGUCCUGGUGCUACAUGGCCUCAAUGACCUAUCGGUGUACCUUGACCCGGAAGAGGUUCAGCCUUCAAAUCCGUUCUUGCUUUCAAAGAAAGAGGAUACAGUCAUGGAUGUGGCUUUACAUAUUCUGGAGACUGUCACAGCCAGGAAGGGACCCCAUUCCUACAACAUCACAAACACCCGUGGUCGUGUUGCACGAUGUAUUCUGUUUAAGACGGCCUUCAAGCUUGGAGAGGAUAUCAUAGGAAUCAUGGAUUUCUCAGAUACCACAGUGCCAUGUGUUCAGUAUUGCGUAACAUUACAAAGUGAAGAGACAAUCUCAGAGGAGUGUCGAAAGAAGAACACACAGGGUAGUUCGUUGACGUCGUAUGUGCGACACCAGGACAUGUGUUUACACACGCUCAAGUCUCACUUCAGUAUACCAGUCCCCCUGACUGCGACACCAUGCUUUAUAACUGAUAUAGUAUGUCAGAGAUGGCGCCUACACUUUGAGUUUGUUACCUCGAACGAUGCGAUGCAGGGGGAAACCCGUACCAACGAGGACGGUAGUACAUCAUGGAGGGGACCAGCCAGUAUGAAUGUGGAAACUAUGGUCUGGGACCUCCCUGUGAAGAUAUUCCCCUCCAACCCUGUACAUGCGUCCAGCGUGACGCUGCUGAAAUUGCUACACACCGUAAAUGUGUGAUACUUUACAUAAUGGAUGUAAAAAUGGGAAAAAAGUAGUGCUUCACUCAAUAAAUGUGUAAAAUUCAUAUGCAUAAGGGUUGGUGAAAAACGUAGACAAACGUUGUUAAAACUUUCGUUGAAUGUCUGAUAAAUGUGUGGCAUGACUCAUCUAAAAUACACUACAGAACCGUUUUAAACUUGUCGCAUUAUGGAUGUGAAGAAGUGACAAAUAUGUUGCUUAAACCCUACGCAUGCUUCCAGUGGCCUGCUUUUGAAACUGAUAGAGUUAUGAGUUAAUGUGUUCAACUAUGUCACCCUAUGAAAGAGCAUAAAUGGGGAAAAAUUGCAACAAUCCAUAACUAUGUGACAUUUGAAUAUGUAAGGGUAGAAUUGAAGGCAAAAAUGUUGUAAAAACUUUCAUUUAAGUCUCAGACACAAUGGGCCGAUGUGUAUCAUGUUUAAUGGCACAUUUUAGAUCACAUUUCAUGAAUGUGUAAAAUUUGCCGCAUUGUGGAUGUAAAUACGUGAAAGAAAUCAUUUGUAAAACUCCUGUGCAUGUUUAUAGUUGGAUGCUUUUGAAACUGACACAUACAUCUAGUCACAUUAUGGAAAAGAAAAAAUGGGGAAAAGUAAUAAAAAAUGCUACUCUCAAUAAUUGUGUGAAACUUACUCACAUAACUGUUGUGGAAAAGUGAAGAGAAAAUGGUGCUGAACAGUAUUGUACCAGGUCUGACAAUGUAUCACAUGGCACUUUUAUAAUACAUGUACACAUCAGUUUGUAUAAAUUGUCACAUUAGGGAUGUAAAAACGUGAAAGAAAAACAGUUGUUAGGACUUUUUAUGAACGUAUGACAAAUGUGUUGCAUUACAUGAUUUUAAUGCGAGUUUCAUGUGUUCAGUUUAACCGUGUUUGUGACUAGAUUUUGGUGCCAAAUAGGACUGAAAUGUGUUUUACUCUUGUGUCACUGGUGACAAUUAAAUUGUAAUAACUGUUUUAA